GUUCAGGGUCCCCAUCAGUUGAAAUAUGACAGCUUUUCUCCAGUUUGCGGAGUGUUUUGCAUAUGAACUUCAAAGAUGACAGAGGGAACGUGUUUGAGGAGAAGGGGAGGGCCUUAUAAGACUGAGCCUGUGACAGAUCUCAUGCGCUGGAGGUUAAAUAAUGUGGAGGGUAGACAGACCUGGAGGUACAUCGAUGACGGAGACAGCAUGGACAGACAGCAGAGCAUGCUGGAAUCUCACUCACUGGGACUGGACACGAGUGAGUUUAUCUCAGCAUCUCCUGCUGCCCACUCUGCAGUAGAUGCUGCACUGAAGGGAAUGGAUUUCUACAGUCGACUCCAAGCAGAAGAUGGACAUUGGGCUGGAGAUUAUGGAGGACCCCUUUUCUUACUUCCAGGUUUGCUCAUAACCUGCCAUGUUGCUAAGAUCUCUCUCCCAGAAGCAUGGAAGCAGGAGAUGGUUCGAUACCUGCGAUCUGUGCAGCUGUCUGAUGGAGGCUGGGGACUGCAUAUUGAGGAUAAGUCUACUGUUUUUGGAACGGCUUUGAGUUAUACCACAUUGAGAAUUCUGGGAGUUGGGGCUGAUGACCCAGAUAUGGUUCGGGCAAGAAAUAAUUUACACAGCAAAGGGGGUGCUGUUGGCAUACCUUCUUGGGGUAAAUUCUGGUUGGCCAUCCUCAACGUGUACAGCUGGGAAGGAAUGAAUACACUUUUUCCAGAGAUGUGGCUAUUCCCUACCUGGGUGCCGGCACAUCCCUCUACCUUGUGGUGCCAUUGUCGGCAAGUCUACCUUCCCAUGAGCUACUGCUAUGCCGUCAGGCUGUCUGCUGAUGAAGAUCCUCUGGUGCUCAGCUUAAGACAGGAGCUUUAUGUCCAGGAUUACUCCACUAUUAACUGGCCAGCUCAGAGGAAUAAUGUUGCUACCUGUGACUUAUACACACCACACAACACCUUGCUUAAUAUCGCUUAUUUGAUCUUGAAUGUGUAUGAAGCUCAUCACAGCACUACACUGAGAGAAAAAGCAGUGAAAGAGCUCUACGAUCAUAUCAAAGCAGAUGAUCGCUUCACUAAGUGUAUUAGCAUCGGCCCGAUCUCGAAAACGAUCAAUAUGUUGGUACGCUGGUAUGUGGAUGGACCCACAUCACCUGCCUUCCAGGAGCAUGUGUCCAGGAUUCCAGAUUACUUAUGGCUGGGUCUGGAUGGUAUGAAAAUGCAGGGAACAAAUGGAUCACAGCUAUGGGACACUGCCUUUGCAGUGCAAGCAUUUCUUGAGGCUGGUGCCCACGAUGUCCCCAGGUUUACAGAGUGCCUCAGACAAGCCCAUCAUUUCUUGGACCUCACUCAGAUCAAAGAUAAUCCUUCAGAAUAUGAGAAGUAUUACAGACAAAUGAACAAGGGAGGUUUUCCCUUCAGCACACGUGACUGUGGUUGGAUAGUUGCAGACUGUACGGCAGAAGGGCUGAAAUCUGUGAUGUUAUUGCAAGAGCAAUGCAGUUUCCUUCAAGAAAAAGUUCCCACAGAAAGACUCUUUGAUGCUGUCAAUGUGCUUCUAAGCAUGAGAAAUCCUGAUGGAGGGUUUGCCACAUAUGAGACAAAACGUGGUGGUAAACUGCUGGAGCUGCUCAACCCAUCUGAAGUGUUUGGUGACAUAAUGAUUGACUACACAUAUGUUGAGUGCACAUCAGCUGUGAUGCAGGCACUGAAACACUUUCAUAUUGUAUAUCCUGAGCACAGAGCAGAGGAGAUUAGGUCAACUCUUCAAGAGGGGCUGGACUACUGCAAGAGGGUUCAGAGAUCUGAUGGCUCAUGGGAAGGAUCUUGGGGAGUCUGUUUCACAUAUUGUGUCUGGUUUGGUCUGGAAGCAUUUGCAUGUAUGGGCCACACUUUUAAGAAUGGGUCUGUUUGUAUGGAGGUGAAGUGUGCCUGUGACUUCCUGCUGUCUAAGCAGAUGGAGGAUGGAGGCUGGGGGGAGGACUUUGAGUCAUGUGAGCAGAGAUGCUAUGUUCAAAGCAAGAACUCCCAGAUCCACAACACCUGCUGGGCUUUGCUGGGGUUGAUGGCUGUCAGGUACCCUGACAUCAGAGUGAUCGAGCGGGGCAUUCAAGUUUUGAUUGACAGGCAGCUUCCCAAUGGAGACUGGCCACAAGAGAACAUUUCUGGAGUGUUCAACAAAAGCUGUGCCAUCAGCUACACCUCUUAUAGGAAUGUGUUUCCUGUGUGGACACUGGGCCGCUUCUCACGGAUUUACCCUAGCAGCUCUCUAGCUGGGAAGCUCAAGCUGUGAAUAAGAUACUGCAUAUCUGACAUAACCUGAUCAAAGACAAUUCUUCUUUGAAACAAACCUGUUUGCUGCUCUUUAGAAAGUAGGACUUAUUUGUCGAAGUCUAUAGAAUAUUGCCUAUUUAAUUUUUGUUUUUCUUUGUACAUUUAACCAAGGGACCAUUACUUUGCAUUCUGUAGAUGACUCUGUAAUUAAAUGUGAUUUUGUGUACUCUUCUAUGAAAUAAUUUGUAUGUUUUGUCUCCAUUUUGGAGUAAAAUUCAUUCUUUUCUUUUUUUUGUUUAUAAUUCGCCCAUAUGGUUUACAGUGAUUAAAAUCAGUUUGGUUAAAUACUGUACAAUCCAAAUAAGCUCUUGAUUUUACUGACAACAAUUUGAAUAUUGUCAGGGUAGCUCCUCUUCCUUUGACAUUGUAAAAUGCAGAAUACAUUAGAACUAGAAUGCACUACAAAUGCAGGCUCUUUUCUGAAAUAAAUACUAGGAUACUGCACCGUAUGUACUGCCUACGUUUUAAUAUAUUAUGUGAACCGAAUGCAGAAAUAAACUUUUCA